AUGUAUAAAAACAUACAUGUACCUUAUCCAUUUACCGACAACGCUAAAAAGAUACACAGGAGGCUGUUGAACAAACUUCAAUCCUCAUCUCAUCUAAUCGCACCAGAUUAUGAUAACCAACAUUCAUUGCCAAAUGAAGAGGAACAUGAAGAAUUCAAUCAAUUGCAGUCGCGACAUCAUUUGCUCAGAUUUACGUGGAAAAGCAACUAUACUGCACCACUAAAAGCUGGAGCUAAAGUGAUUGACGUUGCCUAA